UCUUCCUCUAAGGAAAGGGUUUAAGAAAUUGGACACAAACAAACAAGCAGAGCUUCAGCGUAAGGGUUUCUCAUCACAAUGGCCGACGAUGACUACAAUGACUUGGACAUCGGAUACGAAGAUGAGCCACCAGAGCCUGGGAUUGAAGAAGGUGCAGAGGUGGAUGCAGAUGACAACGACAACAAUGAUGAGAUGGCUGGAGAGCCUAUUGAAACCGAGGAAAAGGAACAAGAAGAGCCAACAGAAAGGCCUCGAAAGACAUCGAAAUAUAUGACCAAGUAUGAGCGUGCACGGAUUUUGGGUACCCGUGCUCUUCAAAUCAGUAUGAAUGCACCUGUCAUGGUUGAGUUGGAAGGGGAGACUGACCCGCUUGAGAUUGCCAUGAAAGAGCUUCGAGAGAAAAAGAUACCCUUUACCAUCCGUCGUUAUUUGCCUGAUGGAAGCUAUGAAGACUGGGGAGUUGAUGAAUUGAUUGUGGAAGACUCAUGGAAGAGGCAAGUUGGUGGUGAUUGAUGGCUGAAACUAGAACUGACAAGAUUAGUCUGACGUUUAAAUACACUAAUCAUAAACUUGACUUGUAGUGUGGCACUAAUUUUGGAUGUCUAUGUAUCUUUGAUGCUUAUACUUUGAUGUUUGUACACUAUCAUAACCUCUGAUUAUCGCGUGGUACUAAUUUUUCGAUGUUUGUACACUA